AUGGAUAGUGGCCAAGAGACAAUUGAACAAAUUCAGGCUGAAGUGGAGGCUAUGCAAAAAGAAUCAAAAGAGGAGGAGGCUGCUGAAAAAACUGAAGUUCAACAACCUACAUCGCCACCAGUAGCAGCAGCUGAAGAACAACAACAAGAAUCGACCGAAACAGCCGUUGCAGCUGCCACCACCGUUCAGCAGGAACAAGGACAAUCAACGACAACAAUACCAGCUGCAACACCGCCAAAACACAUCGAAGUCGAGGAAGAAGAUGAUGACGAGGACGAUGAUGAUUUCGAUGAGGACGAAGAAAAGGAUAAUUCACAAAAAUUGGUAAUGGAUUUGGAGGAAGAAGAAGAGGAGGAGGAGGAAGAAGAUGAAGCUGAGGAACUGGAAAAGGAUGCACCCGUAGAAGAAGAAGGAGCAGAGAAUAAAAAUGAGAAACCCGAAGAAAAACCAGUUGAACAAAAGUCUGAAGAAAAGGUUGUAAGUGCAGACACUGAAAUUCCAAAACCCCCAUCUGCUCCGCGGGAAGAUGAAGCUGUCACCUUAUCGGAUACUGAAGAGGUACCCAAUGUCCCUGAGGGUAACUCGAAACCGGGUAAAGUACAAAAACGUAAAAGUGUGGGAGCCACAGCCACGACCGCAAAUACCACUGAGGAACGUGAACAUUUUCGCCUAAAGCGUCGCAAAAUAAAUGCUGAGGGUGCUCCGAAAAUGCCACUUACAGGAUAUGUUCGUUACAUGAACGAUCGUCGCGAAGCUGUUCGCAAAGAUAAUCCCAAUAAAAACUCGAAUGAGGUAACGAAAGUCAUUGCCGAGGAAUGGCAACAAUUGUCAAGUGAUAUAAAGAGUGAAUAUCUUAAGGCUGCCGAAGCCGAUAAACAAAGAUACCUCAGUGAACUUCAUACAUUCCUAAAAUCUCGCCCGGACAUAUUGGCCAGUGAAUUGGCCAAGAAUAAAGUACGCAAAAGUGAUGCUGGUCAAACAACUAACACAACUACAACAAAAUCCACAGGCAGCAACAAAGAUAAAGCAACCACCAGCAAUGAAAACACAAAAUCUUCAAAAGAAUCGGCAAAAGAAAAACCACACAUCAAGGAAUCUUCCUCCUCAACGUCCUCAUCACAAAAUUCCGAAAAACAAUUGGAUAAAAAUCGACGAAAACAGCGGACCCCAACACCACCAUUUAAUGCCAACAAUAAUGCCGCUACUGCUGGUUCAUCAUCAACAUCGGCUGCCACUUCAGUUUCCGGAUCAUCGGCUCCCUCAACAUCUGCCGCUGCGGCAGCCAAUGCCCAGACAGCUGUUACCCACCCACCCGGAGAAAUUCCCAUAUUUACAACGGAAUUUUUGGAACACAAUAAAAUAUGUGAUAUGGAGCUACGCUCUCUGCGUAAAUCCAAAACCGAUUUGGAACAACAAAAUUUUGUUCUGGAGAAACAUGUUGAAAAUAUGAAAUCGGGUGUUGAAAAAAUGCAAACCGAAAAUAAUGAACUGCAAGAGAAAAAUAGACUUUUAGAAAUUUACCUCGAGAAGCUAAAAAAAAAAUUAGCACAAGCCUUGGCCUCGUUGCCUUUGCCAUCAGCACCCAAUGGUGCCACUGUCGAGAAUAUCGACAAAUAUAUGCAGGACUUGUAUAAAAUGUCCACCUCAAACUCCCAUGGCCCGGCCACACUGAAUAAGGCCAAGGAUAUUAUCAGGAAAUUGGAUUUACAAAUACAAUUGUAA